CGGCGCGGGGGCGGCCGGGAGCCAGGAAGUGCGCCGAUGGCUGCAGGUCCCGUCUGGGCCGCUGCCGGGGCCUGCCGCCGAGGUAAGCUCGAUACCGGCCUUGCGGGCAUGGCUCCUGUGGCGGGGGCUGGGGCUGUGCUCGCCGGCGCGGCCGCUGUCGCGCUGCUCUCGGUCGCGCUUGUGCUCUACGAGCUGCCGCUGGACGCAGUUUUACAAAGAGCAUUUUCACUGCAUAAAGCACAUUUAAUAAAGGAUAUGGAAACUACUUUGCAGUUGGUGAGAAAUAUUAUACCUCCUCUAACUUCCAAGAAGCACAAAGGCCAAGAUGGAAGAAUAGGCAUCGUUGGAGGCUGCCAAGAGUACACCGGGGCGCCCUACUUCGCCGCCAUCUCGGCUCUCAAAGUGGGCGCAGAUUUAUCCCACGUGUUCUGCACCCGGGAGGCUGCGCCUGUGAUCAAGUCGUACAGCCCGGAGCUGAUCGUUCACCCGGUUCUCGACCGCCCCAGCGCCGUUUCCAACGUGGAGGAGUGGCUGCCCCGGCUGCAUGCCCUGGUCGUGGGACCCGGCCUGGGUCGAGAUGAUACUCUUCUCGAAAAUGUUAAGGGUGGCUGGAAGAUGGGCUCUGACAGCCUCUCCACUAGGUGGUUUAUCUCUGGAAAGAGAGACAGGUCGGACUUCGGUGUGGAGCAGCCUCGAAGGUGCGGCCGCUGCUUCCUCAGCAGAGCUGUUCGCGCAGGCCGUCGGUGCCCGCGCUGCGGCCUGAAUGCGCGUGUCCCCCCGGAUUCACGUGCUGGAAUCCUAACCCCCAAGGGCAUUUUAGAAGCAUCCAAGGCCAGGGACAUGCCCAUCGUCAUCGAUGCAGACGGGCUGUGGCUGGUCGCUCAGCACCCGGCCCUCAUCCAGGGCUACCGGAAGGCUGUUCUCACUCCCAACCACGUGGAAUUCAGCAGGCUCUCUGAAGCCGUGCUGAGAGACCCUGUGGACGGCAGCGAUCAUCGCGAAGCUGUACGGAGACUCAGCCAGGCCCUGGGGAACGUGACCGUCAUCCAGAAGGGGGAGCGGGACGUGAUCUCGGACGGUGAACAGGUGCUCGAGUGCGCCCAGGAGGGCAGCAGCCGCAGGUGCGGUGGCCAGGGAGACCUGCUGUCGGGCGCCCUGGGUGUCCUGGUGCACUGGGCGCUGCACGCCGGACCCGAGAAGACAAACGGGUCCAGUCCUCUCCUCCUGGCUGCCAUGGGUGCAUGCUCUCUUGUGAGGCAGUGCAGCCGCCAGGCCUUCCAGAAGCAUGGCCGUUCCACCACUACCACCGACAUGAUCGCGGAGGUCGGGCCCGCAUUCCGCAUUCUCUUUGAAACCUGAGCCAAGGCACCGGGAAGCAAGCGGCACCACGGAUGGGGAGGUGACGCUUGUCACAGGAACCAGCCUACAUCCUGGGUCCCAGUCCUCGGGGGAGCAGAGCAGCGUGGUCCGGGGGGGGUUGGCUGCAUGCAGAGCUAAAGCUGUUAACAGGGACACCAACCCAAGGAUCCGGAACUUUCCUGGGUUGCUCAGCAGGAGACAGAGCCACUGAACUCCGCGUGUGCUCCAGGACACGGCCCCCUCCUAGUCCGGGCCUGUUCGUCCUCCUCCCUACCACGUGCUUCCCGUGUGUCCGUGUGACACGUUCCCCGGGGUGGACACCCCUGACGGGGAUCUGUCAGUCCCGCCCAAAUACCCGCAAGUUUUGCUUUUGAAUCGCAGUCCCCAAGCGCUGUGGCAUUCGUGGUCUUGCUCACGUGUGCUUUUGAAACACUGACGAGGGCUCUAGGCAGCAACAGUAAGCGUGGCUGGUGGGGUUCGUUGCAGUACUUCGGCAUACCAGUGGUCGGUCUGUCUCUGGAGGAAACGGUACGGGGCACUUGGGGGGGCCUGGGAUCCUCCGGGUGCGCACUCGAGCCCGGGGCGGUGGGAGGCGUGCCUGCGGGAGUCACGGAGUCCUCGUCUGUGAUGGGGCCCGUCCACAGCUCUCACGGGAGGAGGCGGACGAAGCUGGACACGCGGAGGGCACGGAGGUGGCCCCGGCCGGGGGGCCCAAGCACUGUCGUUGAAGUGGCUGUGUCCUCGGAGUAGCUCCCACUGAAGCACUUAACGUCCGUGAGACGCCCUGUUGGCCUCCGGCUUCUGGACGGCACUUGGGUGGGUGGUUUCGCCUGCGGCCUGAGCACCGCUGCUCCGUCUCUCUCCGUGCGCUCUGUCCUGCACACGUGAGUGCUUCUGUAGGUUUCAUGCUGUUUCCUGCAAGGACAGGAGCUGCGUGGAUCCUUCGUGUUCCUCUUGGCUGAUGCUCGGAUUCAGAUCCCUCACCCCAAACCGAUUCUACUUUAAAACCAGAUUUCUUAGAAAAUGUUUGCUGCUCUUGUUUCAGACGUAAUUGAGAAGCGUCACUGUUUUGGGGGGGGGGCGUUACAUCUAAAUCCUGGUAACCAUUAAAAAGCAAAUCUGGUUUAUUUUAA